AUGAGCUUCGUCCAGCGCCGCGGUCUCUCGACCCUCAUCCCCCCCAAGGUCGCCUCUCCCAAGGCCCUUGGCGCGGACCCCAACGCCGUCCGCAUGCAGCGCGUCGUCAACUUCUACGAGAAGCUCCCCCGUGGCCCGGCUCCCGAGGCCAAGGCCACUGGCAUUCUCGGUCGCUACGCUGCUAAGCACUUCAACGGCAAGAACGCUUCCGCCAAGCCCGUCAUCCACGCCAUCGGCCUUCUCCUCGUCAUCGGCUAUGCCCAGAACUACUACUUCCACCUCCCGACCCUUCCGCGACGACAAGCCCUCGAAAGAUUUGCGCUGCGAUUCGUACUCGCCCGGUCGGAAACCCCAAACCAUAUCUACGUAAUCCGCCGACUCGAGGCCCCGGAAAAGCGAUCGCCAACCUCGCCCCGUCCCGACCGCGCAGAACGACGUAUGAUGGCCACGGAAGCCACCCUCGCCGCCCCCGUCGAUGCUUCCGCCGCGCCCCCAAACGGACGGUCCCCACCUCCUCCCACCCUUGCCUUCGUCCUCGUCCUCCUCCUCGUGCGACUUCAACUUGGCCUCCAUGUCGUUCAGAUGGCUGACCAUAGGUGCCCUUCCUUCGCCGAGCAGACUACCGACGACGAUGUCAAUCGCGCAAAGCUGAACGGCAGUCCCGCCAUCGGCGAUGACCUGGAAAACAAGCACAUCACCGGUGUCGAAUCAGCAGAUGUCAGUGUGAGUGGGGGAUCCGAUACGGAAGCAUCGCGCACUAGAGAUGGAGAAAAGGGCCACGGCAGGACCUCUUCGGCUGUCAAGAAGCCGGCUUUCAAAGCCGUCUCUGUCAACAAAACCUUCUUAGCAGCCAAGGGCGCCAGCAUCUCCGCCGCUAAACCGACCGAGAAGAGCCCCUCGACGUCUAUCCUGAGCUCAUCCCCCUCCGGAACCUCGACUCUUUCCGCGACACGGCCCAGGCUUGUCGCAAAGUCUGGCAGUGGAGCAGGCAAUGUGCCACGACUCUCGGCAACCAACGGUGCCAAGGCCUCCGGGCCUGACGGCAACGCGGUAUGGAACAAGAACCGACCGGUUCCUGCUCCGGAACCCAAAAAGUUGACGGAUGAAGAGCUUAAGAAGUACGGCAUCCACAUGGCGAAUCGACUGGCUCCGGAAAGCGCACAGUCGCAAGGUAAUUGGGCGGAUAUCGAGGACGACGAUGACGACUGGGCCCCCGAGACCAUCACCUGGACGGACGGCACCAAGACCACGUUGCCUCACACCGAUGAAGCUCCUGCGCCGCCUCCCGAACCGGUCCCCGCACCUGUUGUCGCACCUGCACCCACAUCCGCGCCCGCGCCCGCGCCGCCCAAGGAAAAGCUGAUGGAGAAACCUAAAUCGCCCGCGCCCCCUCGCAGCGCUGCUUCUCCCUCUAUGAAACCCGGUGUGCUCGCUUCUGGGAAGGGUCUGAUUCUCAAGGGUGGUUCCGCCGACAAGCCGACUCUCGUCGCAAAGCCGCCUGCUCCCCCGACCCCCGUCAAGUCGCCUUGGGCUGCUUUGCCGCCUAUCGAAAAGGCACCGCCCGUUGUUGCAGAACCACCGGCUCCUCCGGCAGGACACAGAUUCUCUGCCAGAGACCAUCCUAGCUAUGAUCAAGGAAACAGCAUGCCGCCCCCGCCGCCGCACGCGAGGGAGAUUGCCGCCGACGAUUUCAACCGAUCGGCUUGGAGGGAAGGACCAGGAGGUGGAAACCGCGAGCUUUUCAACUCGCAAUCCGGUCGUUACGAACCAGUGAACGAUCGAAGGGGCUCGUUUCGAUCUGACCACAGAGGACAGCCGCCGGUGCUGCAACGCCCAUCCCAGUCCGAUCAUCCUGAGCCCUCUGCGGCCUUCCAGACUAGUAGGACGACGAUACCGGAGGGUCCGUUUGGCAGACGCCGUGGAUCCUCGAAUGUCAGCGGUGGAAGUGGAUCUUACCUGCAGAGACCCGGAAAGAUGCACGAGAUGCCCAUGCCGCCUCAGGACCUGCUCAAUGCGCGCCGGGGCUCAAUCACUGCCUCAAUCGAUAGUCCCGUCUCGCCACGAAACUUCUCCCCGUCAGGGCUACAGCAUGGCCCCAGGAUGCACUCCAAUCAGCAAUGGCAGCCUCGGGCUUCCCCAGGAACUAACUACGCCGGUCUUCAUUCUGCUGGACCCCCCGAUGGACGGCCUGUUCAGCCACCUCCAGCCCCGAUGGCUCGCUUGGAAGAGGAUAUCGAACUGCAGAAGAAGAUCAUGCGGGAGAAGCGCGAGCUGGCGAUGCAGCGCAGACGCGAAGAGGAGGCUCAGGAAGAGGCUGCUAGGAGGGAACGUAUCAAGGCGAAGCUGGAUGCUAUGGGCCCCCCUCCGGAACGCAAGAGUGCCAAGAAGGAUUCAACCGAGGAUGUGAGCACGACUGCUCAGACGCAAACGCAGCAGCAGGACGGUUCGGCCGGCUCAGACGCCGUGACACAGUCCAGAGAGUCUGCGGCGGGCUCUGAUCCUUCGACGGUACCCACGGCCAGCACUAACGCCAGUCACAAACCGUUCGGCGAAAGACCGACGACUGCCGACCCGGAAAACAGACGACUUAGCGGACAAGAUCCAAGACAAGCCAGUCCUUGGGAUGGACAGGCACCCCAACAAGAGCGUCUUCCAACCUGGGGAUCCGGUGCUCAGGCGGCUACAAGGAACGUCUGGGGCUCUCCGAAUAACGAUCGUGGUCUCGGCAACGGCACUUUCAAUACGGAUAUUGCGCGGAUCCCAGGGGUGGAGGCAGGCCAGCUCCCUGCCGCACCCGGACAGAGCAAGAAAGGCCCGGCGCCCAUCGCGCCGCCCAGUGUACAGAGACCUCAGACCCGGCUCCCCGCUUCCCAUCAGGCCCGCCCCGCUGUAGGAGCUACGCCUGAAAUGAAUGACAUGCGGAACAGAUGGGCGAACUCGGUUCUGGACAGUGACAAGACUAUCCUUGACGAGCGGAGAACCCAGCGCCUUGAGCGUGAUCGCCAGCUCAUGGAGAGCGGCAUGACACACGAACAAGCUCAACCCACGAUCAAGGACACUUGGCGGCCUUCUUCGGAUAGCAGACGCGAUCCUGCGCAUGCCAUCCAUCGUGACGGCGCCGCUGGGUCAAUUCUACCCACUGGCCCAGCUGCAUCCCAAGCCAGGCCGUCUAGGUUCUUCCCGCCUAAGGAUAACAGGAACGAUGCCUCCACACACCAUCAGGAGCCGUCCAGGCCUAACUCGCCGUCCCCGCCGCCUCCGGAUAUGCUCGGCCACCCUGCAUACGACGGCGAUGCGCUACACCCUCACGUUUCUCUUCCACGCCCGCACCCCGUCGUCAAGCUCCCGCCCUCCUUAGCGGCCGCACCAACUGCACCGGCUAGAUCCAAUGGGCCAUUUGCGUGGGCAAGUCCGUCCGGUUACAAGGAAGGCCCUGGGGCGUAUGCUCGCGGUAGUCACUACCAGAGCAACCCGUCUCAGCGACAGCAAGAUCAGAGUUACGAGAACUGGCAAGAUCGAAUCAACAACCUUCUGACAGGACGUAAGCCCAAUUCGCCGCCGAAGGCCCCUGGCGUUGAGCCUGUUAGCAAGAGCGCUCUCGACUACUCGGGGUUCUACAACCCGGCAACAGUCUCACUACCUCGUUCAGCUGUUCAACGACCUUCAGAUGAUGUCAAGUCUUUCACGACGAAGCCAAUGGCGGAAGAGUGUUUCGAGGAACAAGAGAUGGGCUCUCUGCCCCAAAUCAAGCUGCCACACAAAACACCCGAUGCUGCUUGGCACCCGGCAGCGGCCCCAACCAAACCCCUGCCUAGACGGUUCUGGGUAACGGAUAUCGAGACGGUUCGUCCGCUUUGGAUCCCUCACGACAUGUCGUCCAGCGGCAGCGUAUACCGCGUUCAGCUUCCUAGCAUGACUGAGGCCAAGAUGAUCCCUCUUCCCUUUUCGCGAUCAACCAGCAACCCGCGUAGACCAAGCGGACGCGGUGGUCAGCGUGGAUCCGGGCCGAGCCACCGUGGCGGCAAGGGUCGUGAAUCCUCCUACUCUGGUGAGGCGAGCAGCUCAACGCCGCCUCCCAGCCGUGGUCGUGGCGGAUACCGAGGACGCGGAGGCGAGAACUGGUCACGCCGGAGCCCUGCCAGCCAGGCGGCAUAG